UGGGUCUUUGGGUUUUUUUUUUAAUUUUAUUUUAAUUAAUUUAUUUUUAUUUUGAUAAACCAAUUAGCAUGCAACACGUGUCAAAUAAAUAGUUUUAAAUUUUUUUUAACCCUUUCUUCAAGUAACAGGUAAUCCGGACCGAAGAAUGAAAACACACCUCAAAGUUGGGAUUAUUGCACAAUAUUCCAAAGUUGGGAUUAAUAAAAUAAAAUCGUGCAAAGUUGGGAUUAAUAAAUGCAAUUUUUCCUUUAUUUAAACGGUAAACUAUGAAGAGGCCCCCACCCUAUCAAAGGAAUGGGGGGCUGUCAGGAAUCGAACCCCCAUCCUCAUUCCCCAUGCAAAUUCAACUAAUAAGCCAGUAAGCUUAUGAUAUCAAUCUUCAAAAAAAAAAGAAAAAAGAAAAAAAAAAGACCUUAUGAUAUUAGUCUAAUCUAGUGUCAAACAUCAACACGUUGUUCAUAUAUUUUUGGCGUAAUCAGCACAUUUUAUGUUUUAUAUAUGAUGCUUGAUCUUUGCAAGUCACAACCGUCCAAAAGUCAAUUAAAUGGUUGAUUACGAAAUACGCAAUGAUUAUUCGAAGGAAGCUAGCUUAAAAUAAUACGUAAUGGUAGUAGUCAAAGUACUUAACGUAGUAAUUAAAAUUUAGUUUGAUCUUUAUUUCAUAUUUAGUAUAAAAUUGAGGCAGGGACAUUAUCUAAUUAAUUCCAUAUGAUUUCAUUAUUUAACUUCUUUGAUUUGAAAAUGGCAAGACGAUUAAGCAAUUCUUCUAUCCUCCUCCUGCCUAUUGCGUUUUUAUGGAUUCUUGUCACUGUAAAUUCUUCCCUUGAAAAUUGGCCAAAUCAUGGAGGUGACCUACAAAAUAUGAGAUAUGCCUCAAAAGAGACCAAGAUUAGUCCAAAAACUGUUCAAAAUAUGAAACUAAAGUGGAAAUUUGAGGCUCAAAAUGAUAUAACAGCAACACCAGCAAUAUAUAAUGGAAUUCUAUACUUUCCUAGUUGGGAUGGCUAUGUAUAUGCAGUUAAGGCUUCUAGUGGUUCCCUAGUGUGGAAGCAGUUCAUUCAAGGGCUCACUGGUAUCCCUUCGACGGGCUUAGUUGUUAAUGUGAAUGUGACCGUGGCUCGGGCAACGCCUACGGUGGCUCCGGACUUAGGUUUACUUAUUGUUGGCCUUUAUGGACCGUCUUGUGUGCUUGGUCUAAGAAUCAAUGAUGGUUCACUGGUUUGGAUGACUAAAUUGGAUGCUCAUAAUGAUAGUCUUAUUACCAUGUCUGGGACAUAUUACAACAGGGCCUUCUACGUGGGAGUAUCAUCACUAGAAGAAGAAAGAAGCAUAGAAGAAUGUUGUCAUUUUCGUGGUAGCUUUGUGAAAAUAGACGCUAAAACUGGUGUAAUACUCUGGAAAACGUACAUGUUGCCUAACAACAAUGGACAACGAGGGGAGUAUGCUGGGGCAGCAAUUUGGGGAAGUAGUCCACCCAUCGACGCACCAAGGAAACUUGUGUACAUAGCCACCGGGAACCUCUACUCCGCCCCUCAACGAAUUAGAGAUUGCUCGGAAAGGGAAAACAACCAAACAUUCCCUACAAACACGACGUCGUGUGUAGAGCCUGAAAAUCACUCUAAUUCAUUUUUGGCCUUGGAAUUAGACACAGGAAACAUAAAAUGGUAUCAUCAAAUAGGUGGAUAUGAUGUUUGGUUCUUUGCUUGCCAUAAUAUCUCGAGUAGUCCUGAUUGUCCUCCAGGGCCUAACCCUGAUGCUGAUUUUGCUGAGGCACCAAUGUUACUUACUGUUAAUAUUAACUCUACUAGGAGGGAUAUUGCAGUUGCUACUCAAAAAAGCGGCUUCACUUGGGCUCUCGAUAGGGAUACUGGAGACCUUGUUUGGAGUACGGAAGCUGGACCAGGAGGUUUGGGAGGAGGUGGUAUUUGGGGAUCAGCGACGGAUGGAAAAAGAGUAUACACCAACAUAGCCAACACCGAUCAACAGAAUUUCGUCCUUAGACCUUCUAACAAAAACACUACUGCAGGUGGAUGGGUGGCAAUGGAAGCUCCAACUGGUAAGGUGUUAUGGUCUUUAGGGAACCCUAGCAAUGCCUCCGCACAAGGCCCUGUUACGGUGGCUAAUGGGGUUGUUUUCGCGGGAUCAACCAAUAAUGUAACAGGACCUAUUUAUGCCAUUGAUGCAAAGGUUGGUAAUAUUUUAUGGUCAUAUGAUACUGGAGCUACAAUUUAUGGGGGUGUAUCAGUGAGUGAUGGGUGCAUUUACUUUGGUCAUGGAUAUAAAGUAGGGUUAGGGUACUUUAAUCCUGCUUUUAGCACAGGAAAAUCAUUGUUUUGUUUUUGUGUGGACAAAGAUUAAUAUAAUUCAAAGUUGGACUUACAUUGUAAAACAUUGUCAUGUAAUAAUAUCAACAUAAUAUAAAGCAUACAACUAACAAAUGGAUGUUGCUAUAAUAAUAGUCAUAUAUGUUGCUCUGUUGCCUCUGUAUGUACGUACACAAUACAUGGAUUAUCUUGCCAUACCUGCUUAUUGAUAGCAUCAGGAAUAACAUGACAUGUACACAACAGUACAAUAAGCUCAGAUUGUUUACUAAUUUAAUUUAACUUCCAACUUAGAUGAGAUCAACCCCGUUUUCCAAGUAUAACUGUUCCUAGUGUUUGCUGCUUGUGUAGAUUUAUAAGUUGAACCGUUGAAUUCCAUAGUGGCUCGAUAACUCUUACAGAGGAAGCAUUGCUAAGCCCAAACAAAAUUAUAUGUAUACAUUUUAAAAAAAAAAAAUAACCAAAAAAAACUUAGAAGCCAAUACCUGUGCAGAUGUGCAAUAAUGUGCUUAGCAAAGCUUAAUACUUAGAAUAACUUGACAUUUUUCUGCUGUAUAUACCUAACUUCUUCACCUGCAAUUUAGUUUCCACAAGGAAGUAGACUGAACAGUUUUCUUAAGAUGUGUUGUAUCAAGGUCAUAUAUUAUUCGUAGAACCUUCUUUUAAUAUCCGUUGACUAUUCUACAUUGUAUUUAGACCAUUUUUAUUGGUGAGACUCAACUUUGAGUAUUGAAAUACAAAAUGAGUUGUUGUUUUUUACCUCCAAUGGUGAUACCCAAUUCACUUCUCAAAUUAGCAACUCAUGUGAAGUCUAAUUUUCCAAUGGUAAGACUCUCUAAAGUAUACUAAUGUCACUUUCAA